CUCCUGCUAAUUUGUUCAAAAUUUCAUUCUCAAAGAAGAACAUUUAUGAUCCUAUGAAGGUGUUUACUGCUUCAUUUCCAAAACUAGAGAAAUCAAGUAGAGUAAUUUCUAUCAUAUUAUGGAUUUUAGUCUUUGGAGCUAAAUUUCUAGAAUCUUACUUUUUUUUGACGCUUUCUUUAAGAGAUCCUAUCAGAAAUUUGAAUAUAAUGGAGUCAAGAUGCCAUGGAGAUCAUUUCAUUGGGGGUGUUUUAUGCAGGAAUCAAAACAACUUCGUUUUGGGUUUGAUGUUCUUGACUGAUUUGAUAUUAUUCUUUUUGGACACCUACCUUUGGUACAUUAUUUGGAAUUGUAUUAUUUCAUUGUCUUUAUCAUUUUCAAGCGGCAUAUCAAUGCUUUCGCCUUGGAGAAACGUAUUUACUCGAUUACCAUCAAGAAUUCACUCCAAGCUUCUAGCCACGGCUAAGCUGGAAGUAAAAUACGACUCAAUAUUUUUGAUUUCUCAGAUUUGGAAUGCUCUUAUAAUCUCCUUAUACCGUGAGCAUUUACUUUCCCAGGAUCAAGCACAAAAAAUGAUAUACUCCCUUGUUCCUGAUGAAACCAAUGGAGGAAUGGCAUUAAGAGCUCCCACAUUUUUUCUUUAUCAAGAUGACAGUGGUAAAGAAAUCACUGAUUUUUUUGUUCCAAACUCUGAAGCAGAAAGAAGAAUUUCAUUUUUUGCUCAAAGUUUGAGUAGUUCGAUUCCUGAACCAAUUCCAGUUGAAGCAAUGCCACAAUUUACCGUCUUUAUUCCUCAUUAUUCUGAAAAGAUUUUACUUGAAUUGAAAGAAAUCAUAAGGCAAGACCCAAGCUCUAAAAUGUCUUUGUUGGAAUAUUUGAAAGUUAUGUUUCCACAUGAAUGGAGAAAUUUUGUUGCUGAUACAAAAAUUAUGGCCAUGUCACAGACUUUAAAGGAUAGUCAAAAUGAUGGAAGUGAUUCCGGAUACCUCACGCCUAAAACAGAGAAAGAAUUUGUUGACAAUAAAAUCAAUGACUUACCACUUUACUGUAUUGGAUACAAAUCUUCUGCACCGGAGUAUAUAAUGAGAACCAGAAUCUGGGCGUCUCUUAAGACACAGACGUUAUAUCGGACAGUAUCAGGGUUUAUGAACUACACUAAGGCAAUAAAAUUGUUGCACAAAGUUGAGAAUCCUGAAAUGGAAAACUACUUUAAUAGCCCAAGCACUUUUGAGGAUUAUUUGAAUUUGCUUGCUGAUCGGAAAUUUAGAAUGUUAGUUUCUAUGCAAAAACUACAGAGUUUUGAUGAGAAAGAAAUGUCAAAUGUUAAUGCAAUGAUCAACACAUACCCAUCAUUAUUGAUUGCAUCACUCAAAAAAGAAAUUGAUCCAGAAACCGAAGAGACUAAAUAUUUCUCGGUCAUGUACACGAUUGAAGAGAAGGUUGAUAAAGAAGAUCCUAAAAUUAAAGCCAACGAGUUGAAACAGAAAUUUAAAAUCCAGCUUUCAGGAAAUCCUAUCUUGGGCGAUGGAAAGUCUGAUAAUCAAAAUAUGUCUAUCAUAUAUUACAGAGGAGAGUUUAUUCAAGUCAUUGACGCAAAUCAGGACAACUACCUUGAAGAGUGUUUAAAAAUCAGAUCUUUAUUAUCCGAAUUUGAAAAUUUGGACGAUGUUUCGGAGUAUCCAUAUAUUCCUUCCGAACACUAUAAAAAUAAGAGCCCUGUUGCAAUUGUUGGCGCCAGAGAAUAUAUUUUCUCAGAAAACUCCGGUGUUCUAGGUGAUGUUGCUGCUUCAAAAGAACAAACAUUUGGAACUAUGUUUGCCCGAACUUUAUCUGAAAUUGGUGGUAAAUUACAUUAUGGUCAUCCGGACUUUUUGAAUGCUAUUUUCAUGUGUACAAGAGGUGGGAUUUCUAAAGCACAGAAGGGACUACACUUAAACGAAGAUAUCUAUGCUGGUAUGAAUGCUAUUUGUCGUGGUGGUAAAAUCAAGCAUUGUGAUUAUUAUCAAUGUGGCAAAGGCAGAGAUUUAGGGUUUAGUUCAAUCUUGAACUUCACGACAAAAAUUGGAGGAGGAAUGGGUGAACAGCUUCUUUCAAGGGAAUACUAUUACAUUGGAACUCAGAUGUCACUAGACAGGUUUUUGUCAUUUUACUACGCACAUCCUGGUUUCCAUAUCAAUAAUCUUUUCAUUAUGUUUUCAUUGGAAGUUUUCAUGUUGACUGUUAUCAAUUUGGGUGCUCUUAACCAUGAAUUAAUAUCCUGUAUUUACGAUAAGGAUGUUCCGAUUACAGAUUUGCAGAUUCCUAUCGGAUGUCAAAACUUGCAACCUGUUUUAGAUUGGGUCAGCAGAUAUGUCUUGUCUAUUUUCAUCUGCUUUUUCAUUUCUUUUGUUCCUUUAGUGUUGCAUGAGUUAUCAGAAAGAGGUGUUUGGAAAGCUGGCAAUAGAUUAUUCAUGCAUUUUGUAUCUCUAUCACCAAUUUUUGAGGUUUUUGUUUGCCAGAUUUAUACAGAUUCGUUGAAAAAGGAUAUCAUAUUUGGGGGAGCAAGAUAUAUUUCUACAGGAAGGGGCUUUUCCAUAACCAGGGUUUCUUUUACCAAAUUGUAUUCAGCCUACGCUCCCACAUCAAUAUAUGCUGGAUCUAGAUUGUUUUUAUUAUUGCUCUUUGCUACUAUAUCAAUGUGGCAACCAUCGGUUUUAUGGUUUUGGAUUACUCUAUUUUCUUUGACCUUAUCACCAUUUAUUUUCAAUCCUCAUCAAUUCUCCUGGACAGACUUCUUCUUAGACUACAGAGAAUUUAUUAGAUGGCUUAGUCGUGGAAAUUCCAAAUGGCAUUUAAACUCAUGGAUCACAUAUACUAGAUUGACCAGAUCUAGAUUUACCGGAUUCAAGAGGGCUAAACUAAAAAAUGGAGAAAAUGAGAAGAUUUUAGAGCAUAAUCCGAAGGCUCCAUUCAUGAAUGCAUUUAUGGCUGAAGUUUUAGCUCCAUUUAUACAGGCAUUUUUUAUUGUCGUUGCAUACCUAUUCAUGAAUUCACAAUCAGGAGUCGAAAAUCCCGAAGAGGUUAAUUUGUUGAUACGGUUGGUAAUAGUUACUAUUUGUCCGAUAGUGUUGAACACAAUAGUCUUGAUAAUCGUAUUUCCGUUGUCACUAUUUGCUGGACCUAUUUUAUCAUUAUGUUGCACCAAAAUUCCAUCAGUUCUAGCUGCUAUUUCACAUUUAUUUGCCGUUUUCAUUCAUAUUAUUACUUUUGAGAUGAUUUGGGUGUUGGAAGGUUUCAACUUCAGUAGAACUUUAAUAUUAUUCACAUCGUCGAUAUUUUUACAAAGAUGUCUGAUCCAGGCAUGCAAGUUGUUUUUCUUGAGUCGAGAAAUGAAGGAAGAUAGAAGUAACAGAGCGUGGUGGUCAGGAAAAUGGUUUGAAUUGGGCAAGUACGCAUUUACUCAACCGUUAAGGGAGUUUAUCGUCAAGAUUAGUGAGAUGAGUCUUUUCAGUGGAGACUUCUUCAUUGGACACGGAAUAUUGAUAUCACUUACUCCGAUUUUAUUUGUGCCCUACAUCGACCAUUGGCAUUCAUGUAUGAUCAUGUGGAUCAGUCCGAUGAACCGUUUGAGGGGACCCAUCUACACCGUGUCCAAGGAGAAAAAGAGAAAGGUUGAGGCUGGCAAGUAUGCGAUACUCUAUUUUACAAUUAUAUUUUUCUUUGCUGCAAUAUUGAUUGCUCCAAUAGUGGUGUCUAAGCACUUUGAAGACGUUGUCAAUUCAAUGCUACCGGAGGAGUCGUUUGGGUUGAUCCAGCCCAACCACCAGGACAACAAUGACACGGGCAGCCGUGCUCCGCACACGAUCAUGCUAACUAAGCCUGCAGAGAAGGAGUUCACCACAUUCUGGAUUUGAAGGGGCCAGUCUGCGGCAAACAUCAGCCAGACAGCAGCCAGAUAACAGACAGAUAACAGACAGAUAACAGACAGACAGACAGACAGAAGACGAUAGGUAGAUGCGGUAUAGUUAGUUAUUGCAGCAGAAAGAUGUGUAUAGGGCUUAUGUUUAGCGUGUAGCGUUCGGAGGAGCUAAAAAUAGCAGUUUGGAUUUCUUUUUUGCCUGAUUUUUCCGCGUGGCGCAGCAUCAAUGCCCUUGCCAGCGGGCGGGCGGUGAAGGGCAGU